GUCCCGCCCCAUCUGUCUGUGCCAUCUUGAACAAAAACGGUGGCUGAAACAAGGCCAAGAGAAAGAUGUGGCUCAUUUUUAAAUACACUUUUAAAGGCUAAUUCUCCGAUCUUAGUUGGGACUGGCCAUCAGACCCGGAAGCGAAGCUUCGUGGACAAACACCAGCCACACCCCGCACAGCAGCUAACGUUGGCUUCCAAGCUAACGAGGCUAGCCUAGCCGUGUAGCGGAUGCUAGCAGCCGAGGAGAGAGCCAACGGGCGCGUUUCAAGCAGCCGGCGGGCCCUGUCGUAGCACACUUUGGCCUCCUUCGUUGUGCUGGUGAACUCGGGAGGAACUUAGGAGGAGAUGAGCAAACGUGUUGAUGUGCUGCUGCUAUGAGGAUACAGGCUCGUUAGCUCGACUGCUAGCGGUUGUUUUUCGUUCCAGAGCGGAACCACAAUAAGCCGCGGCCCUGGCCAUGCCCUCGAGCGCACGGGCGGGCAAUCUGAAGGACCCGGACGUGGCGGAACUCUUCUGCAGAGACGACCCAGAGAAGCUGUUUGCUGACCUCAGGGAGAUCGGCCAUGGCAGCUUUGGAGCCGUCUACUUUGCCCGAGACGUGCGCAACAAUGAAGUGGUGGCCAUCAAGAAGAUGUCGUACAGCGGCAAGCAGACAAACGAGAAAUGGCAGGACAUCAUCAAGGAAGUGAAGUUCCUGCAGAAGCUUCGCCAUCCAAACACCAUAGAGUAUCGGGGAUGUUACCUGAAGGAGCACACAGCAUGGCUGGUGAUGGAGUACUGCCUCGGCUCCGCCUCCGAUCUCCUUGAAGUCCAUAAAAAGCCACUGCAGGAGGUUGAGAUUGCUGCUAUUACCCACGGUGCACUGCAGGGACUGGCGUAUCUUCACUCCCACAACAUGAUCCACAGGGACGUGAAAGCCGGCAACAUUCUGCUGACGGAGCCCGGUCAGGUAAAACUGGGUGACUUUGGCUCCGCCUCCAUCGUGGCCCCGGCCAAUUCUUUUGUGGGGACGCCUUACUGGAUGGCUCCAGAGGUGAUCCUGGCCAUGGAUGAGGGUCAGUACGAUGGAAAAGUGGAUGUGUGGUCACUGGGGAUUACCUGCAUCGAGCUGGCGGAGAGGAAGCCCCCCCUGUUCAACAUGAACGCAAUGAGUGCCUUAUACCACAUCGCUCAGAAUGAAAGCCCCAUCCUGCAGUCCAACCACUGGUCUGACUCCUUCCGCAACUUUGUGGACUCGUGUCUGCAAAAGAUUCCCCAGGACCGGCCCACGUCGGACGUGCUGCUCAAUCAUCGCUUCCUGUGUCGUGAGCGCCCAUUGACGGUGGUCAUGGACCUGAUCGCUCGCACCAAGGAUGCUGUACGAGAGCUGGACAACCUGCAGUACCGCAAGAUGAAGAAGAUCCUCUUCCAGGAGACCCAGCAGAACGGCCCCGUGUCUGAGGGAGGAGAGGAUGAGGAGGAGGCGGAGCAGUACCUGUUGAGGACAGGCACGGUUAACAGCAUGGAGAGCUCCCAGUCUGUGCCCAGCAUGUCCAUCUCUGCCAGCUCCCAGAGCAGCUCCGUCAACAGCCUGGCUGACGCCUCAGACGACAGCAGCGGCGAGAUGGCCAUGAUGCAGGAGGGCGAGCACACGGUCACGUCCAACAGCUCCAUUAUCCACCGACCCACGGCUCAGGACAACAUCUACGAUGACCCUUACCAACCAGAGCUUGAGCAGCCACAGGCGCCCUCUGCUGGCCGCCGCCGAGCCUACUAUCGCAAUCGUGACCACUUUGCCACCAUCAGAACCGCCUCAUUGGUGACGCGGCAGAUUCAGGAGCACGAGCAGGGCUCGGCGCUGCGGGAGCAGAUGUCUGGAUACAAGCGCAUGAGGCGGCAGCACCAGAAGCAGCUGAUGGGCCUGGAGAACAAGCUGAAGGCAGAAAUGGACGAGCAUCAGCUCAAGUUGGACAAGGAGCUGGAGAACCAGAGGAACAGCUUCUCCUCGGAAGCCGACAAGUUGGUCAAGAAGCACCAGGCCAUCUUGGAAAAAGAGACAAAAGCUGCUCUGGCAGAAGAGAAGAAGUUCCAGCAGCAUAUUUUGGGCCAACAGAAGAAAGAACUGACCAGUUUGCUGGAGUCACAGAAGCGUCAGUAUCGUCAGCGCAAGGAGCAGCUUAAAGAGGAGCUCAAUGAGAACCAGUCCACUCCCAAGCGGGAGAAGCAGGAGUGGCUGAUCCGACAGAAGGAGUGUCUGCAGCAGAUGCAGGCGGAGGAGGAGGCCAGUCUGCUGCGCAGGCAGAGACAGUACUACGAACUGCAGUGUCGCCAGUACAAGAGGAAGAUGUUGCUGGCUCGCCACAACUUGGAGCAGGAUUUACUCCGUGAGGAUCUGAACAAGAAGCAGACCCAGAAGGAUCUGGAGUGUGCCAUGUUGCUGCGCCAUCACGAGUCCACUCAAGAAUUGGAGUUCAGGCAGCUCGGCACGGUGCAACGGACCCGAGUCGAGCUGAUCCGAACGCAGCACCAGACGGAGCUGACCAACCAGAUGGAGUACAACAAGCGGCGAGAACAAGAACUUCGACAGAAACACACCGUGGAGGUCCGGCAGCAGCCCAAAAGCCUGAAGUCCAAAGAGCUGCAGAUCAAGCGGCAGUUCCAGGAGACCUGCAAGAUCCAGACCCGUCAAUACAAAGCCUUACGGAACCACCUCCUGGAGAGCACACCCAAGUCCGACCACAAGGCUGUCCUGAAACGCGUGAAGGAGGAGCAAACGCGUAAGCUGGCCAUCUUGGCCGAGCAGUACGACCACUCCAUCAACGACAUGCUGUCCACACAGGCUGUGAGUAAGCUGCGACUGGACGAGACCCAGGAGGCAGAGUACCAGGUUCUGCACAUGCAGCUGCAGCAGGAGCUGGAGCUGCUCAACGCUUACCAGAGCAAGAUCAAGAUCCACACCGACACGCAGCACGAGCGCGAGAUCAAAGACCUGGAGCAGCGGGUGUCCAUACGCCGCGCCCUGCUGGAACAACGGAUUGAGGAGGAGAUGCUAUCCCUGCAGAACGAACGUUCCGAGCGGAUCCGGACGCUGUUGGAGCGGCAGGCGCACGAGAUCGAGGCCUUUGACUCAGAGAGCAUGCGUCUUGGUUUCAGCAACAUGGCACUAAGCGGCAUCCCCGCUGAGGCCUUCAACCAGGGCUACCCGACACCCAGCCCCUCUUCGGGCUCCGGGGGCUGGCCCUCGCGACCCGUACCCCGCUCAGGCAGCCACUGGAGCCACAGCGUGCAGAACUCUGUGGCCACGCCGUCCUGGCGCAGUCAGAAUCACGGCGGGGGGGGCUUCGGUAGGACAGAGUCUGUGGUGUCCUCACACGGUUUCGGCAGGGACGGCGAACCCAACAAAAGCGGGAGGAGCCACUCGUCCACGCCGCAGCAGCACUAUCAGCACCACCAGAGCACCCCCCACCUUUACCGCGACGAGCGUGAGCGUGCCAGAGAAUGGGUGGGAGGGAGCGGCCAUUAUUCCCAUCAUUCCCAGGGGCACCAUCACCACCACCACCACCACCACCUCCUCUCCUCCCACGCCUCCUCACAGUCCCUGGCUCUGCUGCCACCUCCCCCUGCGCCUCCCCCUAUAUCCCUCUCCUCCUCUCCCCCCUCCUCUGCCUCCUCGUCCUCGUCGUCUCAGGGAGGCUACGGAGGCGGGGGGCUCGGGGUCAGGGGCCCCAGCCUGAUGGCCCUCAGGAACAGCCCCCAGCCUCUGCGCAGGACGGCUUCGGGAGGUCCGGGGGGCGGCGGCAGCGACGGAGGUCUAAGUCGCAGCACGUCGGUCACGUCCCACAUUUCCAACGGCUCGCACCUGUCGUACUCGUGAAGGCAACAUGGUUGCCGUGGCUAGUUGCUCAAUCCUCUGCCACAACUUUCCAGAAUUUGAACAAGUCAUUGGCAGUUCCUGUGGCACUAAACAAACUUGGAGAUUAUGUUGUCGGAGCCUCGCACUCGUGCACAAACUGUCACGUCAGAUGGCGCUUCCUCUCAGCUAGCUAGCGGUGCUUUUAAACCACUCCCACUUUGUACAUAGUGCUCCUUUUCCAGACACUCCUUCCUUCACCACACCGACAUUUUGGGAAAUGGCCACUUCGCUGAGAUUAGUUUAGUUUAGUUUAUCUUAGCAUAGCACACAGUUAGCAUAGAGCUGCAUUCAAAGCCUCCCAGUUACUCCAACAUGCCGUUAGCCCAGCUUAGCUCAUUGCGCCAAGUUUUCAUUAGCUUAGCAUGCUGUCGCCACUGUCCCCCCCCCCAUUUAUUCAUUUCAAAAAGUUAUUUUUAUAACUGACUUUUAACAUUUUUUAUGUGUGAAGGGAAUCCUCGCUAGAAAGGACUUUAUGUGUCACGUUACCAUGACGAUGUCUAGAAGGCCUCCUGGUAAAUUUGAUUCCUGGUAAAUCUCCCAAAAUGUCCCGUGCUGCUUUUAAAGGCCGCGCGUGCACGUAGCUGGUGAGCUACCGUGCACGUGGUGUAUUUAUAGAAAAAGCUUCUAAAUGUGAACCCCGCAAGUGUACAUAGCCGCACUAACUCAAACUUAGUAAAAGUAAGGAUUCUUUUGUCAUGUGAUCUGAAGAAAACUAGAUGCUCUCAUUAUCGCUACUACUGUAAUAUUUAUGUUUUGAAAAAUGUGACUGCCAAGCUGGACCACUAGGUGGAGAAUAAGCGCAGUGCGGCGUUACUGUGAUGGACAAACAGCAACUACAUUUCCCAACAUUCCUGUCUUCUACUUUUUCUUGUACUUGUGUCAGUAUUACAAUACUUUGGUGCCAUGCUCAACUUGGUUUUCUUUUUGUGGACAAACACCUCAUUUUAGCUUGCAAAGUCCGGGUAGAACUUCAGAACCACCAGGCCGCUUUCCUCAGGCCGUGGCAGGAAGCUGACAUGUUUUGUUGUCACGUCUACCUCAUUUGCACAUUCUCAGACCUUGUGGAGACUAUUUAGCUACAAGUGUUUCAUUUCAGGAAAGAACAUGAAGCGUUUGUGUGUGCUUGAACGCUUUAAAGGCUUUCCGCCAGGUGUUAUAGCAGCGCCUCCACGUCAAGAUUAUUUUUCUAGUGUUUCAAGAGCAAGAAAGCGGAUGAUUUGUGGUGGGAAGCCUGCAGGUGAAUGUCUCACACUUUGAAGGAGUCAACUUGAUGCUUUUCUCUUUCCUCCGUGAAAGUGACAACAUAGGAAAAAGAAAGUUGUACAGAAGUGUAACAAAAUACUUUUGGAAGAAUAAAAAGCAGUACAUUGUGUCAUUGUUCUAUUAUUGCACACUUGAAAUCACAAAAUAACAUUUGCACAAUGUAACUAAUUCAUUUUAUUUUCUUAAUAAAAUAUAUAUAUGUAUGUGAAGAAAAUAGAUUGAUGGUUC